AUGAAGCGGCUUGAUAGUUACAGUUUAAUGAUUGUUUCAAAAUAUUUCACGUCGAUAACCGACUUCAAAAAUAUUGAAAUGGUGAACAAAAAGUUCAAUGGAAAUAUGUCCAAAUUUCAUUUUAAUCCAAUUCCUCUUACUUCAAAAACAAUUUCCUAUUUUCCAAACAUUGAAACAUUUCAUGUUUAUAACACAAAUGAAGAAACUUUUUCAAAUACAAUUUUAACGAACUAUCCAAAUAAGUCAGAAACACAACACUCUUUCUACAAGAUUGUUUAUUGGGGAAGUAUUACAUAUGAUAACUAUAUCAAUUAUAGUGUUGAAAAUGUAGAGUACAAAUCAAUAGCCAUAACGUUAAAAGAUGUCCAAACAUGUAAACAUCCACUUUCUAGUGCAAUGAACCAACUUGAUUAUUGUCGAUCUUUAAACAAUCUUAGAGCACUUACCAUUCCUCAAAGUAUUAAAAUUAUUUCAAAAUUGGCCUUUUGGGAAUAUAAUAAGAUUGUAGAAAUUGACAUACCCAAGUCAGUGUGUUCGCUUGGGGAUAUGACAUUUAAAAGUUGUUACAAAUUGAAAGAAAUAAAUAUUCCGGAUGGAGUCACCACAUUAGGUGAUUACUGUUUUUAUCAAUGUUAUGAGCUUGAAAAAAUAACACUUCCAGAAAGUCUUCAUUGUGUUGGUGAAUUCUGUUUUUCUUUAUGUAAUGCGUUAACAAGUAUUUCAUUCAAUUCUCCUAUUUGUGAAAUUAAAAUGGGCGAUUCAGUCUUUUUUAUGUGUGGACUUCAGUGUUUUGAUAUGCCAGAAAAUGUGAUGGAAAUAGGAAAAGCUUGUUUUUCUGAAUGUAAACAACUGAGUGCUGUAACAAUAAAGUCGAACAUUAAAAUCCUUAAAAAACAAAUGUUUUUCAAAUGCACUGCUCUUGUUAAUUUGACCUUUGAAGGUGUUCAAGAAAUUGAAGAGGAAUGUUUUUUCGAAUGUUAUAAUUUAACUCAAAUGUGUAUACCAAAUAGCGUUUUUAACAUUGGAAGAAGUUCAUUUGCAAAAUGUGUCAAUUUGAGGGAGAUAAAACUCGGUGACAACAUCAGAAGUCUUGGGCCAAGGUGUUUUGUAUGUUGCAAUCAAUUAUCUUCAAUCGUUUUUAACGAUAAAAUUGAAGUACUUGGUGAGUACUGUUUUUAUCAUUGUAAAAAGCUUGGAAUUAUAGAACUGCCAACAACAGUAAAAACACUUAAAAUGUGGUGUUUUGGGUAUUGUAGAGAACUUAAUCAAGUCACAUUAAAUGAAGGUCUUAAAACAAUCGAAAAAAAUUGUUUUAGUAAUUGUUCUUCAUUAAAAGUUAUAAAAAUACCAGACAGUGUAACUACAAUUGGAAGUGGAUGUUUUAAAAAUACUAAAUAUGAAAAAUUUAGAACUGAUUUCGUGUCAUGCCAUAAGAAAUAA